AGCGGCAAGCAAACGAAACUAAUCUUUGAGGGUGAGUGAGUUGUCGCCAAAGAAAACGUUUGCGCUGAGAAGUACUCCAGAGCUCGUAGCAAACGGUUGUCGUUCGUUGUCAUCUGUGGUCGUCCAACAAAAAUUUAUAAUCGACGUUGCCUUUCAUCUACUGCGGUGCGGUACGGUGUAUUGCUGAUCUAGGAUCAGAUUUUUUUCUCGGUUAAGUAAUAAAUAAAAUAUAUACGAAUAUUAAAAUUAAACUUUAGUGUGCUCUACGGUCAUCGUACAAAACAUAAAUUACAGUAUUUUCAAAUUAAUAAAUAAGUGCAGUAGAAAGGAGAAAGCAAUUUUCGUAACCAAUAAUGUCGAAGCCGCAAACAGAUGAGGAGCGCCGCAAGCAAAUUAGUGUGCGCGGUAUUGCCGAGGUCGGCAACGUCACACUGGUCAAAAAGAAUUUCAAUCGCCACCUUCACUACACGUUGGUGAAGGAUCGUAAUGUGGCAACAUUGCGCGAUUACUACUUUGCAUUGGCCAACACUGUGCGCGAUAAUAUGGUGGGCAGAUGGAUACGCACCCAGCAGAUGUACUACGAAAAGGACCCAAAACGCGUCUACUAUUUGUCUCUGGAAUACUAUAUGGGUCGUUCACUCCAAAAUACCAUGAUUAAUCUUGGUAUUCAGAGUGAAUGUGAAGAGGCUAUGUAUCAGUUGGGUUUGGAUAUUGAGAACCUCGAGGACAUGGAAGAAGAUGCUGGUUUGGGUAAUGGCGGCUUGGGUCGUUUGGCUGCUUGUUUCCUAGACUCUAUGGCCACUCUCGGUUUGGCUGCCUAUGGCUACGGCAUUCGUUAUGAAUACGGUAUUUUCGCACAGAAGAUAAUGAAUGGCGAGCAACAGGAGGAGCCUGAUGAUUGGUUGCGUUAUGGCAAUCCAUGGGAGAAAGCACGCCCAGAAUUCAUGAAGCCAGUACACUUCUAUGGACGUGUCAUUGAUACACCCGAGGGCAAGAAGUGGGUGGACACUCAAGUUGUGUAUGCCAUGCCAUAUGACAACCCCAUUCCCGGUUAUGGAAACAAUCACGUCAAUACGUUGCGCUUAUGGUCGGCUAAAAGCCCCAUCGAUUUCAAUCUGAAAUUCUUCAACGAUGGUGACUACAUCCAAGCUGUGUUGGAUCGUAACCUUGCUGAGAACAUUUCACGUGUACUCUAUCCCAAUGACAACUUCUUUGAGGGUAAGGAGUUGCGUCUCAAGCAGGAAUACUUCAUGGUUGCCGCCACUCUCCACGAUAUUGUACGUCGCUACAAGACCUCCAAAUUUGGUUCAAGGGAAACCGUGCGUCAUCACUUUGAUCACUUCCCCGAUAAGGUCGCCAUCCAAUUGAACGAUACCCAUCCAUCGUUGGCUAUUCCCGAAUUGAUGCGCAUUCUCAUCGAUGAGGAGAACUUGGAUUGGGAUAAGGCUUGGGAUAUUACUGUUCGUACCUGCGCCUACACCAACCACACCGUGUUGCCAGAAGCUUUGGAGCGCUGGCCCGUUUCAAUGCUCGAAUCCAUUCUGCCAAGGCAUCUACAAAUCAUCUAUCAUAUAAAUUUCUUGUUCAUGGAUAAAGUGGCCAAGAAAUAUCCAGGUGAUUUUGACCGCAUGCGUCGCAUGUCGCUGGUAGAAGAAGAUGGCGAGAAGCGUAUUAACAUGGCUCACGUGUCCAUUGUGGGCUCUCACGCUGUAAACGGUGUGGCUGCCAUCCAUUCGGAAAUUUUGAAGAAGGAUCUCUUCCGUGACUUCUAUGAAUUUGAGCCACAUAAGUUCCAGAACAAGACGAAUGGUAUUACUCCGCGUCGUUGGUUGUUACUUUGCAACCCCGGUUUGUCCGACUUGAUCGCCGAAAAGAUCGGCGACGAAUGGCCAGUUCAUUUGGAGCAGCUUGUUGCUCUGAAGAAAUGGGCCAAGGACCCCAACUUCCAACGCAAUGUGGCGCGCGUGAAACAAGAGAACAAACUGAAGUUAGCUCAAAUAUUGGAGAAAGAUUAUGGCAUCAAAGUGAAUCCCGCCUCCAUGUUCGAUAUUCAAGUUAAGCGUAUCCACGAGUACAAACGUCAAUUAUUGAACUGCUUGCACAUCAUUACUUUGUACAAUCGCAUCAAGAAGGAUCCCACAGCCAACUUUACACCGCGCACAAUUAUGAUCGGUGGCAAGGCUGCUCCUGGUUACUAUGUAGCCAAGCAGAUCAUUAAGCUUAUCUGUGCUGUGGCCAAUGUUGUCAACAACGAUCCGAUUGUGGGUGACAAGCUGAAAGUCAUCUUUUUGGAGAACUACCGUGUCACCUUGGCCGAAAAGAUUAUGCCUGCUGCUGAUCUCUCCGAGCAAAUCUCCACUGCCGGCACUGAGGCAUCCGGUACUGGUAACAUGAAAUUCCAGUUGAACGGUGCACUCACCAUUGGUACCUUGGACGGCGCCAAUGUCGAAAUGGCUGAGGAAAUGGGCAACGAGAACAUUUUCAUUUUCGGUAUGACCGUGGAGGAAGUUGAGGCGCUUAAGAAACGUGGAUACAACGCCUACGAUUACUACAAUAAGAAUCCCGAGAUCAGACAAUGCAUCGAUCAAAUACAGGGUGGAUUCUUUAGUCCAAGCAAUCCCAAUGAAUUCAAAAAUAUUGCAGAUAUUUUGCUGAAGUACGAUCACUACUAUUUGUUGGCCGAUUAUGAUGCAUACAUCAAAGCACAAGAAUUGGUAUCGAAGACCUACCAGAACCAAGCCAAAUGGUUGGAAAUGUCCAUCAACAAUAUCGCUUCCAGUGGUAAAUUCUCAUCGGAUCGCACCAUUGCCGAAUAUGCCAGAGAAAUUUGGGGUGUCGAGCCCACCUGGGAGAAACUGCCCGCACCUGAGGACACACCAGCGGCAAAAUAAAUUCAUUUUGAUUUUAUGCUUUUGAGAUUGAACUUUAUUUUUAUUAAAGUCCAUUUAUGCGGAACUGUUAUUUAAUUCAAAAACAAAAGCGCACCCUUAUUUUAUCCAUAUUUCUGAUAUUUCAUUCUAGUAAAACUAAAACCACACAAAUUUUAGUGAUGAGCUAAAAAAAGCAAAAGAUUUGUUGAUAUAAAAGCGAACUUUAAACGGCCAAAGAACAAAAGGAAGUAAGUUUAAAAAAUACACAAAUGUCCUAUAAUUAUACAAGUUACAACAAUGAUGAACUACUAAUGCAACAAAAGCCUACCGUAACAGCUCAGGAAAUAAACAAUUUUUUUAACUCUCGCAAUCGGCAAGAAAAUGAACAACGUUUAAAUUUACAAACAUACACAUAUUUUAGGAUAUUUGAUUGAUAUUUUUAUUAACUAUUAUUAAAAAUUAAGUCUUUUAACGAAUUGUUAAACAAAUACAUGCAUACAUUUAACUCACAAUUCAAGAAGCUACUAGCAACGCAUGUGCGACACUAAAGAAUUGUAAACAUUUAAUGUAAAAAAUGCUUAGAGAUCGUUAAUAAAUUUGAUCCUCAAAAUGGAAACUAAA